AUGACGAUCAGCAAUGCAACAUACGGACCACGUCCGCAGUCGUUCACAAUGGACGAUUCAGGAGAACGGUAUUACAUAGGAUCCGAGAUAGGUGCAUAUCUGAGACUUCAUAGAGGUACGCUUUACAAGAAGUAUCCGGUGUUGUGGAGAAAGGUGGCUACUGUCGAAGACAAGGAGAAGUUGCGGCAAAUUGCACUUUCGCAAGCGUUCAUGCACACGAAUAUAAUGCUUGUAAAAGCUCAUGAGAUCGACGAGCUGCUUUCCGGACAGGAAGAGAAAUAUCGUGCUGCUGGAUCGACUCCUGCAAUUCCAAGGGUGGAUUCAGGUCUUUCAAAAGGCAAUAAGCCAAAUGUACCGGCUGGAUGGAUGGGACAGCAGGUGAUCGUACUUUCUUGCGACUAUUAUGAGAUUGUAGGAGGAUGUUCUUUCCAUGAAUUUACUUCCCCUAUACCGUGGGUGUGA